GUGUUUCUUCACUGAUGCCCAACCUUUCCCGCCGGCUUGACUGCGCUUGCACAAUUCAUCAAUCGCUGUCAUCGCUGUCCAAGGUUCUCUCCUUCUCUCUCCUGCAACGCCAGACAAAGCAGAAGCCCGCGUUGUGGACAGAAAAAGAGACGAUAUCUCUCUCAAGUCAAGACUGCGCCAUCGCGCCGACGCGACAACCUCAUCUGUCCCAGCUGUUUAAGAGCUUGCAUCCGGACUAG